AUGGCUCUACCUCUACCACCUGGUUUAACGCCAAUGGAGGUUGCAUUUCUAUGCGAAAUGGAAAUGGUCACAGUCGUUCCUCGGCAACGCCUUGAGAGCCUCGAUUUAUUAGGUGGCAAGACAAUUUCUCUGAGGCCGCCGCAUCGUGCUCCCUUACCCUUAUGGCUAGCUCUACUUCUCAAACGACAACGUCGUGCCAAUAUUAUACCACCACCAUGGCUUCAUCCUCAUUCCCUUGACAGAAUACUCAAAAUGGAGACUGAUAAUUCUGAGAGCUUUUCUCCUCCACCACCACUCGACCAUAGCACAUCAUCUACAGUAUCACCGCCAUUUCUACCGUCGAAUACCGCAGACUCAGAGCCUGGUUAUUUACCAUAUCAUUGGAUUGAUAUGGGUGAAAUUCUACUGGAAGCUGCAAGUGAUGAUAUACAAGAUCCAGAUAAAGUUCGGGAACUACUUAGAGAUCUACGGGAAGUGAGGAUGGCAAAAAUGAGAAGCAGUACUUUGGUGGUAGAAGGGGGUGGGCUCACCAGUCUACAAGGUGUUGGCGCAAUGGAGGUUAGUGAGGGACGAGGAUUCAUCACAGGUGUCAUGGAUGGACUACGAAAAUUAGGAGCUUCUAGGGAAGUUUCCAGACGGGAAAAAGAACAAGAAGGUGCCGGAAGUGGAGGUGACGGAGAUAGUGAGGACGAAGAUAUGGGAUUAUGA